AUGGCUAUCGACACGGAUACUAUUGUGCCCUCUUCGACAAAGGUUCUUGUUAUCGGAGGCGGCCCCGCAGGCUCUUAUGCGGCUGCUGUGCUCGCGCGCGAGGGCUUUGAGGUCACCGUCCUCGAGCGCGACCAUUUUCCCCGGUACCACAUCGGCGAGAGUAUGCUCCCUUCACUGAGGUCUUUCUUGCGGUUCAUCGACGCCGAGGACAAAGUCGCUGAGCGCGGAUUUGCUGUCAAGCGUGGCGCUGCCGUUAAGUUGCACCAAAAUAAACGAGAGGGCUAUACCGACUUCUGCAAGCCGAACCCCGACAACUGGUCGUGGAACGUGAUACGUUCAGAGUUCGAUGAGGUCCUACUUCGCCAUGCCGCAUCAUGCGGUGCCAAAGUCUUUGAAGGCAUUCGCGUCGACGCCCUCAUGUUCUCCUCUCCCGUUGAUCGCGACAGACCUCACACUGCUCAUCCCAUCGCCGCGCAAUGGACGCGUCCCUCGGACAGGACCAACGGUGUAAUUUCCUUCGACUGGCUCAUAGACGCGUCCGGACGCAACGGCAUCAUGUCCACAAAGUAUCUCAAGAGCCGUACCUUCAAUCCGAACCUGAAAAAUAUUGCGCAAUGGGGCUAUUGGCGAGGCGGAGGCAUGUACAUGCCCGGUACCGAUCGCCACAACGCGCCUUUCUUCGAGGCCCUGACAGAUGAGAGCGGCUGGGCAUGGUAUAUCCCCCUGCACGACGGCACUAUAUCGGUGGGGAUAGUCGAAGCCGAAGACUGCAACCGACGCAAAAAGAAUGAGGUGAAGGCCGGAUGCGCUUCGGACGACGCGCUCCAUGCCCACUACUUGCGCGAGCUUGAGCUUGUCCCCAACCUACGACGGCUCCUCGGCGACGCGACCUUUGCGGAAGACAAGGGCGGCGUCCGUACGGCGGGCGACUACAGCUAUAACUCAAAGGCGUACGGCGGUGUAAAUUGGCGUCUCGCGGGCGACGCGGCCUCGUUCAUCGAUCCCUUCUUCUCGUCAGGCAUCCAUCUUGCACUCACUGGCGGGCUAUCGGCGGCCAGCACGAUUGCAGCCGUAAUCCGCGGCGACUGUACGGCGAAGCAGGGCUUGGAAUUCCAUCAUUCCAAGGUCGGGACCGCCUUUACGAGGUUCCUAUUCAUUGUCUUGGGCAUCUAUAAGCAGAUUAAAGCCCAAGAGGUACCGGUGAUGUUCGAGGUCGACGAGGAUAACUUCGACCGUGCCUUCCAGUUCCUUCGUCCUGUCAUUCAGGGUGCUGCUGACACCGACGCCGGCGUCAGUCAAAGCGAGCUUCAGGCGACCAUGACCUUCUGUCAGAACAUAUUCUCAGACUCGCAGUCACCCCACGCGCGCGACAAGGUCGAUCUCCUCGUGCAAACAGGCGCGGCCAGCGACAUAAAGCGCAUCGACGAGUUAUCAGGAGGCGACGAGGAGGUCAAGAAUCUCUUGCUGAGAGUGAAUGCGCGCAAGGCUUUGCACGACAUGUACGAGUGCAAGCGAUACUUCGGUUCGGAGGUCCUGGGUGGCUUCAGUGUACGCAUGGAGAGAGGAUCACUCGGCCUCGUUCGUGCUUUCUCAGUCUAA